AUGUUCGGAACUCUGCGCUACCUGCCCGAGAAGAAGACCGGGGAGUUCCUCGAGCGUGAAUCAGGGGUUGCGGGAAAUGUGGCAACCAACAAACCUCAACACUGGGCCUGUGAUAAUUGCCGGGUAAAAAAGAUCCGCUGCAGCGGCCGAAAAGGGGGAUGUUCACGGUGCAAGACCCUUUCUCUCCCCUGCAACUAUACCCAAGGGCCCUCACGGAAAGGCAAGAAGAAGCAAGCGCCCAGCUCUUCUAAAAAGGACAAUGAGAAUGAGACCUGUCCAGAAAUUGGCGCGGCAGCUAGCCGAUCUCCCGCGAGGGACGCUGCAGCUACAGCUGACAUGCAGCCGUCCCUAUUGACGAUGGAACCGCAUAGAGUAGACGAGAAUUAUAUCGGGCCGGACAAGGCAAUGCACCAGGUCCAAGGUGACCCGGGCUCGGUCCUCGAUCCGAUGUACAAGGAAGUCUCGACUUGGUCCAGUUGCCUCGAUUGGUCUCUCGAAGGUGAGGACACCAUUGUGCCAGACUCGGACUACCCCAUGGCGGGGAAUUCUCCACCCGUCCCGGCCGAUUUCUUCAACACUGGGUAUAUAAACACCCCGCUUUUGUUGGCUCAGGGACCGUGCUCCAGAAAUAAAACACUGAUGGACGACAGUUACUCUGGGUCAGAAAGCACCGCACAGCAGCAACCGCCGCCGCCGCCGCUCGUUUCCAAUGGUUCCACACCGCCGGAUCUACUUCCUACUCCACGGUUGACCCAUAUUCUUGCUCCGACCGUAAGCACAAUCCGAUCAAAUGAGGAUACUGUCGAGAAUGCUAUGGGCGAGCAAUCGUCCUGCUCGUGCGUUAACUCGGCCGUCUUCCUACUGGACAAAUUGGAGUCGCCCCAUCAUGAAGGGGACGCCGGCGAGCAAGGUCUCGACUCCAUUCUUUCGAUCUACCAGGAAGUGAUCUUCCUGUGCAAGCGCAUGAUCAACUGUGACUCUUGCCGAGGGAAGUCGGAGAAUAUGAUGAUUCUCAGCAUGGUGCUUGAGCGAUUAGCCAUUCUCUGCGGGGAGGUGAUUGAUGCUUUUAUCGCACAAAGGGAAGCAAAUGGUCCGGAGGCACCACCCAUACCGGUGGCCAUGAUAGAGAAGCAGCCUUUAGCCCUGGGCGAGUAUGAGAUCGAGGGUGGAGACUACGAGGUCAUGAUGGGAGUGCUGGUGACCAGGCGGCUGUUGGAAUUGGAAAGCUUUCUAGCUCGCAUGAAGAUGAUCGACUCCCUCACCCGCCGCACGCAUCAGCAGGCAAGAAUGUCGCGCAUUGAUCAACACAUAAAGGACUUGUUUCGAAAGCUCACGUCCGUCUGUCCUCUUGUCACGGAAUUGCGGGUCGAUUCUAAUAAGCCAGUGGCCGCGGAUCCUGGGAGAAACAUAUCAGUUACGAAAUAUACGACUAUGGAUGAAAAUUGA